ACUUUUGUUCUCUCCCCCCUGGAGAGGCCAACCCACUGCGCAUGCGCGAAGAUCGAUUGGGCUGGGGGUCGAUGUGCGCAUGCGCGCAACUCUGUGCUGUCCUGCGCAUGCGCAGGCGCUCUGUUUUGUGCGCAUGCGUGCAGCCCCGGCUCUGCGUCCUGCGCAUGCGCACUCCUCACAGGGCGCCGCCAUUUCCCGGCGUGCACUGCGCUUAACGGUCGGUGGCGCGCGUAGCCGCCAUGGAGGGGCGUCCGGAGGGUUCCUUUCGGCUCCGACUUCUCUCACCGGAUCCUUCCUUAGAGCAGAUGGGGGUGCUCCAGAACCUGACCCUGGAGAGAAGAAAGAUGUGGGGAAACCUCCAAAGCCAACUGACCUUGCUGCUGUUAGCCAGGAGAAUGCUACUCCUGAAGCAGCUGCAGGAAAAACAUCUCACGGGAGCCUGAGCUCUGUGAAAAGCCCAAACACCACCAGUUGUCAAACCAAACGCCGCUCCUGGCGUCGGUCAAGCCUAAAGGGGUCGAAGCGCCGGAAAUCUCUGCCUCCUUUUCACGAGGAUGUUACUGCAUUGAGCCAAGCUAUUAGCCUGGACCUGCCAGAAACAGAUCGCCUUUCUAUGCUGCUGUUAUCCAGCUUCCAGUUCUCUGCACAGAAGCUCGAACACGUCUUGGAGCAGACAGAGGGCUUCAGUCCCGAGGCCUUCAAAGCCAGUGUGAACUCAGCUUCAGAAGACCUGAAGCGAUACAUAGAGAAACUGAAGCUGGAUGGAACCCUGCGGAGCUGCAUCGAGAAAGCUGAAGGGGAUUCGUCGGACUCUGUUUCAGAUGAGUCAGUGUGCAAAGCAAAGGAGUGCAUUGCCAGGUUUUCAGCUGAAUGCCAGGCGUGGGAUGAGCUCCUGCAGCGCUACCAGAAGGACGCAGAGGAAACAUCCAGGCAGCUGGAGGAGUGCAGGAGCAAAGAGGGCCGGGCAGAGCCGCCCAAUUACCUGCAGACAUCUCAGGCUGAGGUGCUCAGCACCAAACCCAACUACCAGAGGAUCCUGGAUGAGCAGGGGGAGGUGCUGAGCUGCAUGGAGCUGGUGCUCGAUGAACUGCAGCAGGCGGCGAAGCUGCUGCGGGCUUUCAGUGAGGACAGCAGGCAGCAUCUGCGGGGGCUGUCUGAGCUGCUGGCCGCACGGACCUUCCGCCAGCUGGAGCACUCCCCGGUGCGGAAGCUGAUCGCAGCCCCGGGCCGGAAGGCACCGCCGGAGGGCUGAGCUGCUCCCAGCAGAGCUCCCAAUAAACGGCCCCGUGUGGGCGAACUGCG